AUGAAUGACCCUGAACUGCACAACCCACCAACAGACUUUGUCUGGCAAGAACAAGAGAAAUGGGGAACUGGACCAGAGUGCAGUACCAUUCUGUGUCGAGCUAAUGGACAGGCAGUUGCUUGGACUACAGCAGCUCACAGACACCCAGAAGAUGCACCAGAAGAUGUUUCUCGAGCUAAAUCUUUUUUAGAUGAAGCAGUGAAAACACAAAGUGUUGACUUGAACAUCAGUGAUGAUGAUGAUGUUAUAGACCAGGAUCUGAAAUCUAAAAUGAAGCCAGAACUUGUUAAUUUGCGAAGACAGAAGCAACAACCUGCACUACUUUCAAAAGCCAGACAACAUCAAGGAAGCUCUUCUGCUGCCUUCACAAACCCACAAGCCAAACAGCUGCAGCCUACACACUUGAGAAGCUAUAAAUACAGAGGUUCUUCAGCUCAGCACCAUGGCAACAUGGCUGUGAAGGAAGACAGAAGGCCACCUACGAUCCGGGGCAAUGGAAGACUAGUUAAUAAACUG